AUGUCCGAAGGAAAUCGGAAAAACUCGGCUUCGAAAAUACUGUGGGUAGAUCUCUCCAGAGACGCCAACAUGAUUGACGGUUUCUACCGCGAGGAGACGCGACUUCAGGAGAAUAGCGCUCGCCUGAAGGCGGCUCAAAGUGCCCUCGUAGAGGUCAGCGAGAUGGGGAAGGAGGAGGCGGAGGAUGUCCUAAAACCCGAAUCCCUCGAGGAGUCCUCACCCUCUAAGCCCCUGCAUCGACGCCGCUGGGGGCGGCGACGAAGGCGGCUGAAAAUUGCCAAGACCGUCUCCUCCUCCUCUUCAUCCGAGCCCAGGAAGAGACGACCCUACAGAAGGCGAAACAGGUCGGAACUACUGCUCCUAACUUCUCCUCGGCCGUUGUACGAGAAGAGGCAGCGCAAAAUUCCCCGCGGAUUUGAUGACUAUGAAAGUUUCUUUGACACUUCCAGACCAACAGAAGAUGAGGACACAGGUGACUCAAUGGCGUGUUUUGCAUGCGGUAAAUCCUUCCUUCCCACAACCCUUGAAGCUCAUGUGCGGCAAAUUCACAGGCGCUUCCCAAAGGAUCAGUGUUACAUUUGCGGGAAGUUCUUCCCAACGGCUGACAAUGCACGCAUACACAUAAAAACGGCACAUUAUGGCAUUUAUAACUACAAAUGUCCCGAGUGCGACAAGGGCUAUUACUACUACCUCAAACUCGUCAGGCAUUUACGAAGUCUCCAUCAAUGCGACAGUCCUCCUUCACGAGAAGAAUGCCGAGUCGAUGGUGCCUUCCUUAACAAUGCAAAUGUCGAUUUGGAUUCACGGGAAUUGCGCGAAAAUGAAUGCAGGUGCUUGGUGUGCCUCUCCAUUUUCCCACUUGCCGAGAUGAGUAAGCACAUGAACGAGCGUCACCGAGCGUUUCCCAGAACCAGAUGCUACAUCUGCGGACAACGUUUUCUCAGUACGCAGGAGGUAUUUGAGCAUUUAGAGUCAACCCACUUAAAGCCGUCAAUGUUUACAUGCCCUGAGUGUGAGACUGGCUUUGACGAGCUUCAGGAAUGGCGAGACCACAUGGAAAAGGUUCAUCAAAGUGAAACCUUGUACAAAUGCGAGCAAUGUGGAAAGGUGUUUGGAUGGAAGAAGUUUCUUCGGCAACACAUUCGUCGAGAACACGUUGGUGAUGGUUCCGGAUCUGUAUUUGCAAUGCGCAAUGAUUUUCGAGCGGAGAAAACCACACUGCAAGAGGAAUGCGACAGGCAGAAGCGCCUUAUCGCUGAAGCCGAGGCGAAGACGGCAGAGGCAGUGGCGGAACCAGAGACCAGAGCAAUUGAGACUGCUGCGGACGUACCAAAUGGAACCGAGGAAGACAGUAGUUUAAAUAACCCUGAAUGUAAUGAACCCUCCACGCUUGUCUCUGGACGAAGCAAUGUAAUGGAUUAUGAAUAUGAACUGGCGGGAGGGUACGAAAAUCCAGGUGAAACUGAUGAAGCUACAGGUGAUGAAUUGAAAGGGCAAAAGAAAUCCAUCAGCAUAGACUUCUUUGAAGCAAGCCGUGUGGAUAUAUGUCCCCUUUGCAAGAAGGCUCUUCAUACCAAGAAAUCACUGAAAACUCACAUUGAAGCCAUUCACCAUAAGAUGAAACGCUAUUCGUGCAAUCUCUGUGAUCGUUCCUUCUACGCUCGGUGUGAUCUACGGAAACACAUAGAUUGUGUUCAUAAUCGUUUUAAAACAUACUCCUGCAAUGAAUGUGGGCGACGCUUCUUCUUGCACUCGCAGCUUGCAUCGCAUCUUGUCAAUCAUCAUAAGGCUAUCCUCCCCUUCAAAUGUAAUGAAUGUGGUCGAAGGUACGCCAUUAAGCAGGUCCUGAAUGAUCAUGUUUGGCAUAAACCCAAACGAAUUCGCAUUAAUGGGCGCCUUGUCACUCCCAAUCCAUUUACAAUGCCGAAGUUGAUACAGGCCUUAUCACCAUCGAAAACUCAGAUCCAAAACCAGUCAAUCAUCUCAGCGCAUCGGUUGUCGGGCAGCCCAGUUGAGCCAACAGAAGUUGCCAUUUUUGGUGGCAAUGGGGAUGUAAAAGAGGUCUACCUGAUAGGAAAUCAACUGUACUUUGCCGAGAAUGUUGCAUUUCCAGUCACCAGUUUAGGUGCUGAUGGGAAUCCUGUCUACGAGCCCAUUCAUCUUGAUGGUAGUUGUGGUGGGGGUGGCGCAUUUACCCAGACCGCGGUCGCCUUCCAGAGCUCGGAGUCUAGCGCCUUCGGUACAGCUCCUCUUGGCAACGGCGAAAACCAGAUAAUUGCUCUUGACAUGGAAAAUGGAGCUGAGCCACUGCUUCGAUCAGAGGACUUGGGUGGAGAGCAGACUCUCAACACUGAAUACGAUCGAGGUUAUACAGUGUUAACUACCAGCUUAGGCGAGAGCCUGGAUACAAACAACGUGGUAGUGCAUCAAUUUCCCCUCUCCAUCACAGAAGACGUCAAUUGUAAGGCGGCCAGCAUCGGUGACGUUGGUCAUCCAGAGACCGCCUACUUUACCUACCAACAAUCCUAA